AUGGUCAAAUUCUACCCUUCUCUCACCGAGGACCACAUCGAUUUCAUCUCCCGCCAAUCUCUAUUCUUCGUCGCCAGUGCUCCUUGGGCUGGAGACCACAUCAACAUCUCACCCAAAGGCCACCCAUCAAGAACCUUUUCUGUCCUCGGCCCGAAGACCGUCGCAUACCUAGACGCAACCGGCAGCGGCUGUGAAACCAUCUCCCACGUCUACGAAAAUGGCCGUGUCACCGUAAUGUUCUCCUCCUUUGGACCCUCUCCCCAGAUUAUGCGUCUGUUCUGCAAAGGACGUGUAGUCGAAAAAUGGGAUCCGUACUAUGGCCAAUUGCGCGCAAAGAUGGCAGCAGAGAAUGGCGAAUCGGUUGACAUCACCGGUGCGCGUGCCAUUAUUGUGUUGAAGAUUCAAAAAGUCCAGACCAGCUGUGGAUUCGGCGUGCCUCAGCUCGCAGGCGGCAAGGCCGCAGACACGGAAGAAGAAGCAGCAGCAAGUGACGCUAUCACCUAUGUGGACCACGACCAUAACAAGGAAGAAGAGAACGGUUUCAAGCAACGUGACACCAUGGAUAAUUGGGCGCGUAAGACGCUGGAGAAGCAAGAGCUCGCCGAUUACCAGAAACAGUACAAUCAUCGGUCGCUUGAUGGGCUGCCGGGUAUGAUGAGUGCGCGUAGAUCCCACGAUGAGAAUAUCGCGUUGGAGGAUACCAAGGCGUGGUGGAGGAAACGCUCAUACGUCAUUGUCGGACUGGCAAUGCGCCUUGUGCACGCUGGAGACGACGGCCGCAGCCUUAGCCUCCAGGAAUUCUUCGAUGACAAGAUUCCGGAUUAUGCUAUCCUCUCACAUACCUGGGGCCUCGACAGCGAAGAAGUCAACUAUCAAGACUUUAUGAACGACACUGGAAAGCAUAAGCGAGGUUAUAGCAAGAUCCAAUUCUGCGCCAAGCAGGUUUUAAGCGAGGGUCUGGAGUACUUCUGGGUUGACACAUGCUGCAGUAAGCUAGAUCCCCCGGAGAACAUCCACAUGUCUUCUGUCAGUAUUUUGAUCGCUGAGUUGACGGAAUCCAUCAACUCCAUGUUCGAAUGGUACAAACAAGCACUGGUCUGCUAUGUCUGGCUCGACGACCUUGCUUCCGAUAUUAAACCCGAGAUAGGAUUUCCAAGUUGCCGCUGGUUUAGCAGAGGCUGGACAUUACAAGAACUGCUUGCUCCGAAUCAAGUGGAGUUCUACAACCAUGCCUGGGAUUGUGUAGGUACCAAGCAGCGUCACGCCGAUAUCAUCUCUAAGAUUACUCGUAUACCUCGAGGCGUGUUAUUCAGGCCCCAACAAAUCUUUGACGAAACCAUUGCCACGAGAAUGUCGUGGGCAUCUAAACGUAAGACGAAAAGAAGAGAAGACAUUGCAUACAGUCUCCUCGGUAUAUUCGAUGUCUACAUGCCAUUGAUAUAUGGAGAGGGUGUAAGAGCCUUUCGACGACUACAAGAAGAGAUCAUCAAACGACACAACGACCUCAGCAUCUUCGCGUGGAUAGGCACGCCAGGUCAAAUUCCCAAUGACCUAGUGGGAAUUUUUGCCAGCUCGCCGACCGGGUUUGCAGAUUGUCCGGACCUCGAACCUCACAAAUCCUUGACAGCCGAAUUUGCACUCACAAAUAGAGGCCUGUUACUCACUGGUCACUUUGAACUAUACGGCUAUCAUCCUGUAGUUGGAGAACUACAAGGCCCUCAUACUGGAAUUGGAGAAAUGGAUAUUGUUCCACAUUAUGUCCUCAUUGUUGGAAAAACGACCGACUCUAGGGAGCAAGGAAUCUAUCUUCGAAAGCUGGGACCCGGCUCAUUUUGUCGUAUCGAGAGUCAGACACUAGUAUAUAAUGAAGGCAGGCUUGAGGACUCUCCUGGGUGGAUGCUUGAAAAAGACGACAAGAUUUACAUCUUAGCCGAUAUCCCCAGAUAUGGAUAUGGGUACGAUAUGUUCGAACUUAUGUCCCCACAUCGUCACAGCGCGAUUAAGUUUCCUCGCGGGCAAAGGGAUUUCAAGGUUUACUCCACUGCUCCAUUGGCACUUUGGGAUCAGGUCGAUGCCUUGUUCUUACGAUCGAAGCCCCAUGGUACAAGCACCUAUACAACAGUACUAGCUGCUGAAGUCUGCGUCUCUGUACAUGGGCACGAGGUUAUGAUGGUUGUUGUCCAUGACGGCGGAUCUGCAAUGCAUCGUAUCUUGACGUUUAAAUCGGAGCCAUAUGCCGCAGAAAGAGACUUGUUGUUCCAAGGCAGAGUCCGCAAUGAGGGCAUAUCGUGGAAGGAUUUGAUGAACCAAGCACCCCGACUAUCAACUCUCAAGAGCUCGAUCAACUUAAAACUGGAGCAACGUACUUACAAAGUAGGGUUUUCUCUGAGGUCAGCCAUACUCCACAUGCACUACUCCAAAGAUGUUCCGGUGGAUAUCCUCGUCUCAUCAAUUGAACCUGUGUAG